AUGACCAGACUCACAGUUCUAGCAGGGUUGUGUCUGGUGCUGUGCCAACUGGGAUCUGCCACCCAGAUGGUAUGCUACUUCACCAACUGGUCCCAGUACAGACCUGGUGAAGGCAAGUAUAUGCCACAAGAUGUGGAUCCAUUCCUUUGCACCACCCUGAUCUAUGCCUUCUCCAUCAUCAACCAUAACAAUGAGCUGGUUACCUACGAGUGGAAUGAUGACGUCCUUUACAAGUCUUUCAAUAAUCUGAAGACCAAGAAUCCACAUCUGAAGACUCUGCUGGCUGUUGGCGGAUGGAACUUUGGUUCACGACAGUUCUCCAUCAUGGUGUCCACUCCGGCUAACCGUCAGACAUUCAUCCAGUCUAGUAUCAAAUUCCUGAGGACUCAUGGAUUUGAUGGUCUGGAUCUGGAUUGGGAAUACCCUGGUGCUCGUGGAAGUCCCCCGGAGGACAAACAGAGGUUCACUCUGCUCUGCAGGGAACUUGUUGAAGCCUAUGCAGCAGAGGCCAAGGCCACUGGCAAUCGUCAGCUCAUGCUAACUGCUGCAGUGUCUGCUGGAAAGGGAACCAUCGAUGGUGGAUAUGAGAUUGCUGAGAUUGCCAAGGAGCUGGAUUUCAUCAAUGUGAUGACCUACGAUUUCCAUGGAACUUGGGAGCAGUUCACUGGCCACAACAGCCCUCUGUACCGUGGCUCCCAGGAUUCUGGUGAUCUAAUCUACUUUAACACAGACUUUGCCAUGAAGUAUUGGAGAGACAAUGGCACCCCAGUGGAAAAGCUGAGGAUGGGUUUUGCUGCUUAUGGUCGCACCUUCCGUCUGACAUCAUCAGACACUGGUGUUGGAGCCCCAGCUAGUGGCCCAGCAUCAGCCGGACCAUUUACACGUGAAGCUGGAUUCUGGUCCUACUAUGAGAUCUGUAAUUUUGUCAAGGACACCACCAUUCAGUGGAUUGAGGACCAAAAAGUCCCCUAUGCCACCAAGAACAGUGAGUGGGUGGGAUUUGACACCAGGGAGAGCUAUGAGAUCAAGGUGCAGUACCUACAGGAGCAGAAGUUUGGCGGUGCCUUUGUGUGGGCUCUCGAUUUGGAUGACUUUGCUGGACGAUCCUGUGGACAAGGCAACCACCCUCUACUGUCUCAUCUCCGCAAACUUCUUAAUAUUGAGCUGCCCCCACUGCCCCCUACCACCACUCCCAAACCCGGUGCUAGCACCACUUCCCCAACCACCACUACAACCACCACCACCCAUGCCCCAGGACCUGGCUUCUGUAAUGGCAAACCUGAUGGUCUGUAUUCCAAUCCAGACGAUAAGACCAGCUUCUACAUGUGUGCUGGUGGCAUCACCCAUGUGAGGUACUGCGGGACUGGAUCUGUCUUUGAUGACAGCUGCAAGUGCUGCGUCUGGCCCUGA